CUUGAACAACCGGGUAUGCGAGUGCAAGGAGGGCCUAUUAGAUAUUGCACAGAACCUCCCCACACACUGGCACCAGUGGUUGUCUGUGCCCUGUUGGUCAGCGUCACUUCAGAGCCACACACCUUCCGGCACAGGGACCCUAUGAGCAGGAAGAUGCUGAUUUGCGACCGAUGUCCCGCAGGCUUCUACAUGAAGGCUCCCUGCACCCCCAACAGGCAGACCAUCUGUGCACCCUGCCCUCUCAACCACUUCACCCAAUUCCACAACUACCUGCCCAAGUGUCUGUACUGCUCCACGUUCUGCAGUGAGCACCAGGUGGUGAAGCAGGAGUGCACGGCCUUCAACGACCGGGUGUGCGAGUGCCAGGAGGGCUAUUACAAGCGCGCUGAUUUCUGUGUGAAGCACAGGGACUGUCCCCCUGGAGAGGGCGUCAAACAGAGAGGUAGCGCCAUGCGGAACACAGUGUGUGACACCUGUGAGCUUGGCACAUUCUCUCCAGAGAGAUCCUCCACUGCAGUCUGUGUCCAUCACACCGACUGUGCAGCCCGUGGGCUUAGAGUAGCCUUAAAAGGUUCUCAAUGGCAUGACAACAUUUGCAUGUCAUGUCAAGAGCAGAGGGACCAAGGCCCACUGGCUCCACUCAGGCGAAUCCUCUCGGCCUUCUUCAGCCAUGAGAAGCUACGGCUUGGGAAGAUGAGGAAGUUGGCCAGGGUCCACAUGGGCCUGAGAGUGGAGACCAAGCAGCCUGCAGGCGAAGAACGGUCCCCGUCCUCGAAGCGCUCUGGUCUGCUGGCGGCCAUCGACAAGUGGGCCAAGGAGCAGCCGGAGCCCAGACUCAGGCAGCUGGUCAACACCCUGAGAGGAGAGAUGUACAACGUGGGCCGCGAGCUGGAGAGGAAGAUCAGUGAGAUAGACGAGCAGAUGAAGCACUGUGAGCUUGAGAACAAAAUCGCCACACAGAACCAGCAUCAAGGCACACACAUGAAAGACCAAAGGAAAAAUGACAUUUAUUAACAUUUAUCAUAAGAGGAGAACAAAAAUGUAGCAUUUUGUAUUGCACAUACAGUACUUUCAACUUUCAUAAAUAAAUGUGUUUUUUACAACAA